AUGGCGAAAGACAGGAUCGAUGUCGACGCCUACACCAGGCCGUACAUGCUCACUGCCAAGAUACACAGGGAUGUGUACCCGGCCAUCGACCCUACAAACCCGGAGCUGAGUGCGGCAGGCAAGGUUGUUGUCGUCAUUGGCGCCACCGGAGGCAUCGGCUUUGCAACGGCACGGGAGUGGAACAGGGCGGGUGCGCGAGGGAUAGUCCUGGUCGGCCGUCGACAAGAAGCACUCGAUUCUACAGCGGCCGCUCUCAUGGGGCCGGCAAAGAUCAUCACCGUCAGCGCCAACAUCAUCGAUGCCGCGGCUUGUGCCGACGUGAUGGAGAGGGCGCUUACCGAGUUCGGGUCGGUGGACGUACUGGUCAACUCUGCUGGCGGUGCAAUUCAGGGGAUGAUUAGAGAGAUCGAGCCUGCGAAGUGGUGGCAGAACCUGGUUAGCAAACAGCCUCCCCCGACCUGGGUCGUGAUCCGGCAAGUUGACAAGUUACUUACGUACUUCGCACAGGAGCUCAACCUCCGCGGCGCCUUCAACAUCAAUCAAGCCUUUAUCAAAGCCACUGAUGGCAAGGGCACCAUCGUCAACAUCGGCAGCAUGGGCGCCGGGCUCACCCUGCCGGCCAUGUCGGGAUCCUCGGUCGCGCAGCUCGGGCUGAUCAAGCUCUGCGAAAAUAUGGACUUUGAGCUGCCGGGAAUCCGCGUCUUUGUGGUACACCCGGGCAUCGUGGCGCUCGAGGACGGCCGCGGCGCCGUGCUGAGGAAUAUGUUGGAUGUCGCUAAGGACACGCCGGCGUUGACGGCUGGACUGACUCUGUAUCUGGCUACACCGAGGGCGGAAUUUCUGAAGGGAGGGUAUCUGCAUGCGAACUGGGAUGUGGAGGAGAUGGAGUUGCAUAAAAGGGAGAUUGUGGAGAAGAGACUGCACAAGCUUGCCUUCCUCAAUGCAAAGCUGCAGGAGGGAGUGUAUUCGUGGUCUGACGCGCCGGCUGAAUCGUGA